AUGGGCAGCGUUCCGGGCAACGCGGACGGCUUCCUCUCCCUGGUCAAGGCCCGCCGGACCUACUACCCGCUCAACAAGACGCUCCCCAUCACCCCGGAGCGGGUGCAGACGAUCGUGUCCGAGGCGCUGCAGCACGUCCCCUCGAGCUUCAACUCGCAGUCGAACCGGGCCGUCGUCCUCUUCGGCGCCGAGCACGACAAGCUGUGGGACCUGACCGCCGACGUCCUCAAGGGCGUCGUCCCCGCCGAGCAGUGGGAGAGCACCGCCCAGAAGAUGGCCAUGUUCAAGGCCGCCGCCGGCACCGCCCUCUUCUUUGAGGACCAGGUCCCCGUCGAGGAAAUGCAGGCCAAGUUCGCCCUGUACGCGGAUCGAUUCCCCGUCUGGGCCGGCCACUCCAGCGCCAUGCUGCAGUUCGCCGUGUGGACGGCGCUCGAGGCCGAGGGUCUCGGUGCUAACCUGCAGCACUACAACCCGCUCAUCGACGCCAAGGUCGCCGAGGAGUGGAAGCUCCCUGCCACCUGGAAGCUGACUGCCCAGCUCGUGUUUGGCGGGAAGGAGGUCCCUGAUGCCGGGGAGAAGACCUUCCUGCCGCUGGAGCAGAAGUUCAAGGUCUUUGGUGCUUAAUGUAAGAUGACGGGAGAAAAUUAUUUUUUCUUUUUUUCCUUUCUCGGUUUGGUAGAAGGGAUAUUUUGGCGGAAGGGAUCUGGCGACGAUUCGCAUUGCAGGGAGUUGGGAGGAUGUUUCUUGGGCUAGUUUUUGACUACGUUCCUUAACCAAUGACAAUAAAGUAAGAGAG